AUUUGAAAAAAAAAGGCAUCAAAUAAAUUGGCAAGAUUUAAAAUGGUUUCGAAAAGAUUUUCAACGACAUUUGUCCGAAUAGGCGCAUGCGCGGGACCAGAGAACAGUCGCGUGCCUGGCGCCAAAUUUUGAAAAGAAAAGCGAGAAGUGUUUCUGUUGACAACAACAGCUCUCCGUAUAACGUCGUGGUUUGUUUAGACGUUAUAUCGAAAAAGGAUUACUUUGGAAAAAAAGGACAACGGAAAGAUGCACAUCAAAUCUAUUAUCUUAGAAGGGUUCAAGUCCUACGCGCAGAGGACAGAAAUCAACGGAUUUGAUCCGCUCUUCAACGCUAUUACCGGACUCAACGGAAGUGGAAAAUCCAACAUUCUCGACUCGAUAUGCUUUCUACUGGGGAUAUCCAACUUGUCUCAGGUGCGAGCGGCCAAUCUCCAGGAUUUGGUGUACAAGAACGGUCAGGCAGGUAUCACCAAAGCCACCGUGUCCAUAACUUUCGACAACGCAAACAAGAGUCAGAGUCCGCUUGGAUUCGAGACCCACGACGAGAUCACGGUCACAAGACAGGUGGUGAUUGGUGGUAGGAACAAGUACCUGAUCAACGGGGUGAAUGCCAACAACACCAGGGUACAGGAUCUGUUCUGCUCUGUAGGACUCAACGUUAACAACCCCCACUUCCUCAUCAUGCAGGGGAGAAUCACCAAGGUUCUGAACAUGAAACCGCCUGAGAUCCUAGCCAUGAUAGAGGAGGCAGCAGGAACCAGGAUGUACGAGUGUAAGAAGAUCAGCGCCCAGAAAACCAUUGAGAAGAAAGAAGCCAAACUGAAAGAAAUCCAGACGAUCCUGGAUGAAGAGAUCACUCCUACCAUGCAGAAGCUAAAGGAGGAGCGUUCUUCAUACCUGGAGUACCAGAAGUUGAUGAGGGAGAUAGAACACCUGAGUCGUCUGUACGUGGCCUGGCUGUUUGUCUGCGCUGAGGAGACCAAGGUGAAGUCUGCGGAGGACCUGAAGGCGAUGCAGGACUCCAUCACUCAGCUGCAGGCCAACAUGGCAGACAACGAAAACAAGGUCCAGGAACUCUCCGCCCAGAUACAGGGACUGCAGAAGAAGAGAGACCAAGAGGUUGGUGGAGUGCUGAAAGGGUUAGAGGAGACUCUGUCUGAGGUCCAGCGGGUCGAUGCUAAAGCCCAGAGUGCUGUGGACAUGAAGAAACAGAACCUGGCAGAGGAGAACAAGAAGAGGAAGGAACUGGUGAAGAGCAUGGCGGAGGAUAAGAAGAUACUAGUGCUUAAGGAAGCGGAGGUGUCCAAGGUAGCAGAGAAGCUGUCUGCCCUACAGGAGGAAGGUCAGAAGGAUAGCGCCGCCCUAGAGGCAGCACAGUGUCACUUCAAGGCUGUGUCCGCAGGGCUGUCCACCAAUGAGGACGGAGAAGAGGCCACGCUCGCCGGACAGAUGAUGACCUGCAAGAACGACAUUAGUAAAGCUGACACAGAGGCCAAACAGGCCCAGAUGAAGCUGAAACAUGCCCAGCAGGAGUUGAAGGCCAAGCAGACGGAGGUGAAGAAGAUGGACUCUGGUUACCAGAAAGACCAGGAUGCCUUCAACACUGUCAAGAAGAACAAGGAGAAACUAGAGGCUGAUAUGGAGAAACUACAGUACCAAGAUGGGAAGGAGGAGGGUCUUCUGGACAGGAAGAGACAGCUGAACCGUGAGGUCACCACCCUCAGAAAUACCUACGAGAGUCUGAUGUCCCGCUUCCCGAACCUACGCUUCGACUACAG